CAUGGUCAUGCACUCAUGCUGGCAUGCUGCUACCUUGCUGCUAGGUGUUUGGCGUAAUAGGAUAGGACUUUGAUCACAUCUCACACAUCCAGAUUGCCUGAUAAGUCAACCUCAACACUUACUACUGCACCUAAAUUAUCAUUCUGGUUAUUUACGUCUCUAUCACAUUCCUGAUAAGUUAAUGUGAUGUGCACCAUUCGUGGAUUUGGCAGCGUAUGCUCAUAUUAGAUAAUCAUCCUUGUUGCUUCCUUACCAUUUUGAGAAAGCUUUACUUCUCUGCCAACCUUUCCAUCCAUACAAAACAACUGUGAAUUGUGAUGAGUUAUGUUAGUCUCUUACAAGAACUGUAUAAAAGGGUGACUGGCUUUAUAGAGAAGGACACUAUCGCUCACUCUUCUUGCUAAAGGUAUGACAUACAUUCCCGGUUCCUUUUGCUUCCUCGCACAUACUGGUAUGAGCAUCACAAUUUGUUUUAGUUUCUCUUAUGGUAUUUUAGUGCAUUCUUUUUUCUAAUAUAGGAUGCCAGAGAAUUGAUGUUCUGCUUGAUCUCCACUUUGUAUUUGGAAAUAUUUUCUGUAUCUAUAUGGGCACAUGCCCACGUUAACGAAAUAUACAAAUUUUACGAUUGAUUCUGUCUUUUUAGUUACAGAAUCUCAACACACAGCCAUACUGCAUCAUCAUGAUGCACGCAUCCUUCUUUUUUUGGAAAGGGGAUAACCCCGGCUUCUGCAUCAUCCUGAUGCACACAGCCAUACUGUAUUGUCCUUUUGCAAGUUUGCAAUGCCUUGCUUCUAAAGAGAGUUGCACAAUGUAAUCUUUUCUGAUUUCCUUGAUCUUUACUGACACGUGGUGAGCUUGAUUUGCAGAAUGAUGUCCAACGACAAGCCGACAGAAAACAGCGACUCUUCUUACAUGUCAGGCAUACUGGCCAGCUGCCUUCUCAGGGCAAUGCAGCCGACAAGGAGUUUACUUCGCUGGACCGACGAUCUCCAUAAGAUCUUCGUGGAAGCUGUAGAGUAUCAAGGAGGCCCCUAUGAGGCGAAGCCAACUGCGGUGAAGCAGAGAAUGGAAGCUAUGGGAGUCACAGGUCUCACAAUUUGGAACAUAAAGAGCCACCUUCAGAGAUACAGGGAGAAGUGCAACUUAGGAGCUGAAUCUCCGCCGGAUGUCCUAAGCACUGCAUCACCAAGCAAGGGAGUGGAUAAUGUGACAUCUGAGGCUGAGAUGGUGGUGGACAGUGAUGCAGCAAUGGAUCUGACUGGAAUGGAGAUGGUGAGCUAUUUGCUUAUGGAUGACACGGAGAUGGCGGAUAACGCAUUUUCCGUGGAUGAGUUGCAGACGAUGGAGAACGAACUGAUGAAUGCGAUCCAGGCAUGAAUGGAUUGUCCAGCAUUGUUCUCGGAAAACCUAUCUACCAUCUUGUUUACUGUAAGGUGUACGGACCGGCGGUACGGUUCAUAUACGAUCCCCUUUUAUCACACUUGAAACCCUUUCCCUGUUUCAGCAGUAUGGUUAACUCCCAUCUUGGCCUGCAUCUAUGUAAUCACUAUAUUGGUUUCAAUUUGGUUGGGGUGCGCCUAGCCCCUGUGAAAAAUAAAUUUAACGUCGUUGUGGGCACAUGCCCCACACA